UUCGGCCCAUAAUUAGGUGCGAGGGCGAUGUCUGGUAAACAGCAAUAACAGAGCCUCCCUCGAUCGCCGGUCUGCUCCCAGGUCGUCGGGCCCGCGGCCGACCGUUCUCUCUCUGUGUCUGUCUUCCGGAGGUACUGUGCGGAAAAUCGCAGAAUUUUUCCAUCAGCAGUAAUGGGAGUGAUAAAAGAUGGCACCAUCUCUGGAUAUCUACCAAGUGCCGAAACAUUCGCUGUCCACUUCCCGGGAUAUCCGUCAUCUCUGUCACGGGCUGUUGAGACUCUUGGUGGAAGUGAAGGAAUUGUAAAGGCUCGUAGUUCCAGUUCAAAUCAAUUGGAGCUGCGUUUCCGUCCAGAAGAUCCUUAUUGCCACCCCACAUUUGGGGAGCUUCGUUGUUGUGAGAAUACUUUUCUCCUAAAGAUAUCCAAAGGAAGCAAGAAGUCCCCUGAUUCAUUAACUACAAAAGUUCAGGCAGAUGAGAGCAAUCUGGGCACAAGGCAGCUAGGAAAUCAAUCUGCAACUGCUGCUUCCACUAGUGAGGAAGAGGAUCAAACACAUCUUUGUGCAGACAUUGUCGCUCGGGUGCCUGAGGCAUACCAUUUUGAGGGUAUGGUAGAUUAUCAGCAUGUUGUUUCUGUUCAUGCUGAAAAUUCUCGAAGGAAAAAGAGAAGCUGGACAGAAGUUGAAGAGCGGCAGUUUGAGAAGAGUGGCUUCAUGGACAUGGACAAUGAAGAUGUUAUGCUGUUAGUGCCCCCUCUGUUUUCAAACAAAGAUGUGCCUACAACUUUAGCUUUGAGUCGACCGCCUGUCCCAUCAAACUUGAAAAUGAAACCAGAUGGAACUAUUGAAGACUCUUUUCAGGUGUUCACUGAGAAGAGUGUGGCGCUUGAUUUCAGGAUUAAAGAGAUACCUAAGAAAGUAAAUUGGGAGGAACGAUUACCCCAAGGCUCAAAUGAAUGGGAGAGGCAUAAGGCUAUUUCUAAAUUGUUCGAUGAACGACCUAUAUGGCCCAAAAAGGCACUGAUUGAACGCUUGCUUGACUUGGGAUUAGACUAUCCAGAGCUUGUACUUAAAAGGUUUCUGAUCAACAUAGCAUACUACUUCAAUAAUGGGCCAUUUCCCAAAUUCUGGAUUAUCAAAGGAUAUGAUCCUCGUGAAGAUCCUGAUUCCCGCAUAUACCAAGGAAUUGAUUUCCGAGUCCCACAACAGUUGCAAAGUUUUGACAAUCGGGUGGCAACUAAUGAGUUGAAACAACGGUGGGAAGAUAUAUGCGCUUUUCGUGUUUUCCCUCACAAGUUCAAUGUCAUCCUGCAACUUUACGAACUUGCAGAUGAAUACAUCCAGCACGAGAUAAGAAAUUCUCCCCCACAACAGACAUGCACGUUGAAAUCAGGUUGGUUCACAGAUCACAUGCUAGAUAGCUUCAGACAGCGUGCUUUGAUCAGGUUCUUGUCGAUAUACCCUCGACCUGGUGUUGAAGGCCUAUUGAAGCAAGCCUCGGAGCGCUUUGAAAAGUCGAAGAGGAUGCGUUUUCUCGAUAGUUCCUCCAAGCUCGAAAAGCAAAAAGACCAACAGCCCACCGAAGCUAAUUCGAGUUUAGAUAAUGAAGGGAGAAAUGAGAAUGCAGAGAAGAAUGAUGUUGAAGAUACUGAUGAUGGUGAUGAGGAAGAAGAGAUUGAAGACAACGAUGAAGAGGAAGUCGAUGCAUUUGAUGCAGUUGAUCCUUGCUCUCAGGCAUUUGAGGAGGGCGAUAACUCCUUGGAACCAUACUACCCCGAUAUGGAGAACAUAUCUCGAACAUAUUUGCAGGAUCUCUUUGGUAGCUUUCCAUCUGCAGAAGGUCGUGCCGAUGAAGUGCAGAAUGAAGAUGGGAGUGAUGGUGAGUAUCAGAUAUACGAGCAAGAUAGCGAGGAUAACUACUCCGACGAUUAUGAAGAUUAGAAUCAUCGUGCUCGAGGUUAUGCUUUCUUUUUUCUCUUUAGCUUGCGAUUUUGUCCCGUUUCCAGGCUGGUUGGGGUAAAUUAACUCUCUGUACAUGUAAACUUUUGGAGUGGCUGAUUUGUAUAGGUUUUAUGCAAUGCAAGUCUCCUUGUCCCUCCCUCUUUCUCA